GUCAGAUUUCAGAAGUUUACCAAAGUCUGCUCUCUGCACACCUACUGUCCACAGAGGACUGCACUGCACCGCUACUACAAGCUAUUGAAAGAGAACCUUGAGGGGAUCUCAGCUGGAAAGAGGAAAGCAAAACCCUUACAAGGAAGAAUUUGAGCUGUUCUAUUAUUUUCUGGCCCAGCUAAAGAGCACAUCUUCCAGGAAAACAGAGUUGGAGGUUAAAAGAGGAACAAAUGUUUUUACCUUCCUUUGUCUAUAGAACAUGGAAAACAUGUCCCCUCAGUCAUGGAUUCUGACGUGCUUUUGCCUGCUGUCUUCUGGAACCAAUGCAGUCUUCCUCAAAGUGAACUAUUCCAGAAGCUAUCCUUGUGAUGAGAUAAGGCACAAUGCCCUUGUGAUUGCAAAAUGCAAUCAUCGUCAUCUGCGUGAGGUUCCCCAAUCUAUAGGCAAAUAUGUGACAAAAGUAGACUUGUCAGACAAUGCCAUUACACACGUAACAAAAGAGUCCUUUCAAAAGCUGCAAAACCUCACUAAAAUCAAUCUGAACCAUAAUGGCAAACAACAGCACCAAAAUGAAAAUAAAAAUGGCAUGAAUAUUACAGAAGGGGCAUUCCUCAGCUUAAGAAAUCUAACAGUGUUACUGCUGGAAGACAACCAGUUAUAUAAUAUGCCUGCUGGGUUGCCGGAAUCUUUGAAAGAACUUAGCCUAAUUCAGAACAAUAUAUUUCAAGUAACUAAAAACAACACUUUGGGGCUUAAGAACUUGGAUAGACUCUAUUUGGGCUGGAACUGCUAUUUUAAAUGUAAACAAACCUUUAAGAUAGAAGACGGGACAUUUAAAAAUCUUGACCAAUUGACGGUACUCUCAUUAUCUUUCAAUAACCUUUUCUCUGUGCCUCCCAAACUACCAAGCUCUCUAAGGAAACUUUUUCUGAGUAAUGCCAAGAUCAUGAACAUCACUCAGGAAGACUUUAAAGGUCUGGAACAUUUAACAUUACUAGAUCUUAGUGGAAACUGUCCAAGGUGUGACAAUGCUCCAUUUCCUUGCACACCUUGCAAAAAAAACUCAUCUCUCCACAUACAUCCUCUUGCUUUUCAAAAUCUCACCCAACUUUGCUACCUAAACCUCUCCAGCACUUCCCUCCAGAUGAUUCCUUCUACCUGGUUCGACAAUCUGACAAAUCUUAAGGAACUCCAUCUUGAAUUCAACUAUUUAAUUCAAGAAAUUGCCUCGGGGGCAUUUUUAACGAAACUACCCCAUUUACAAAUCCUUGAUCUGUCCUUCAACUCUCAACCUAAGGAACAUUUACAAUAUAUUAAUAUUUCCUCCAACUUUUCUAAGCUUCGUUCUCUCAGGAAGUUGCACUUAAAAGGCUAUAUGUUCCGAGAACUUAAAAAGGAGCAUCUCAAGCCCCUCCAGAAUCUUCCAAACUUAACAACCAUCAACUUGGGCAUUAACUUUAUUGAGAAAAUUGAUUUAAAAGCUUUCCAGGAUUUCCCCCAACUGGAUGUUAUUUACUUAUCAGAAAAUCGUAUAGCAUCCAUAAUAGAUAGUACAGAAUACUCCUCUUGGAGACAUCAUCUUCGGAAACCUCUCUCAACAGACUAUGAUGAGUUUGAUCCACAUGUAAAUUUUUACCAUCGCACCGAACCUUUAAUAAAGCCACAGUGUACUACUUAUGGCAAGGCCUUGGAUUUAAGUUUGAACAAUAUUUUCUUAAUUGGGAAAAGCCAAUUUGAAGGUUUUCAGGACAUCGCCUGCUUAAAUCUGUCUUUCAAUGCCAAUAGUCAAGUGUUGAAUGGCACAGAAUUCUCCUCCAUGCCCCACAUUAAGUAUUUGGAUUUAACUAACAACAGACUAGACUUUGAUGAUGAAAAGGCUUUCAGUGACCUUCAUGAUCUAGAAGUGCUGGACCUGAGCCACAAUGCACACUAUUUCAGCAUAGCACAGGUAAGACACCGGCUAGGAUUUAUCCAGAACUUAAUAAAUCUCAGGGUGUUAAACCUGAGCUACAAUGACAUUUACACUCUCACAGAUGAAACUGAGCUGAAAAGCAUAUCCCUGAGAGAAUUGGUUUUCAGUGGAAAUCGUCUUGAUCGUUUGUGGAAAGUAAAUGACUGCAAAUACUGGUCCAUUUUUAGAUGUCUCCAGAAUCUGACACACCUGGACUUAUCAUACAAUAACCUUCAACAAAUCCCAAAUGGAGCUUUCCUCAACUUGUCCCGGAGCCUCGAAGAGUUACAUAUCAAUGGUAACAGAUUACGUUUCUUUAAUUGGACCUUGCUCCAGUAUUUUCCUCACCUUCACUUGCUGGACUUAGCCAACAAUCAGCUGUAUUUUCUACCCAAUUGCCUAUCUAAGUUUACACAUUCCCUGAAGACACUGCUGCUGAGCCACAAUCAUUUCUCUCACCUACCCUCUGGCUUCCUCUCCGAAGCCAGGGAUCUGGUACACCUGGAUCUAAGUUUCAACACAAUAAAUACGAUCAAUAAAUCCUCCCUGCAAACCAAGAUGAAAACAACCUUGUCUAUUCUGGAUCUACAAGGGAACCAUUUUGACUGCACGUGUGAUAUAAGUGAUUUUCGAAACUGGCUAGAUGAAAACCUGCAUAUCACAAUUCCCAGAUUGGUAGAUGUUCUUUGUUCCAAUCCUGGGGAUCAAAAAUUGAAGAGUAUCAUGAGCCUAGAUGUCACGACUUGUGUGUCAGAUACCACUGCAGCUGUCCUGUUUUCCCUCACAUUCCUUACCACCUCCAUGGUUAUGUUGGCUGCUCUGGUUCACCACCUGUUUUACUGGGAUGUUUGGUUUAUCUAUCACAUGUGCUCCGCUAAGUUAAGAGGCUACAGGACUUCAUCCACAUCCCGAACUUUCUAUGAUGCUUACAUUUCUUAUGACACGAAAGAUGCAUCUGUUACUGACUGGGUAAUCAAUGAGCUGCGCUACCACCUUGAAGAGAGUGAAGACAAAAGUGUCCUCCUUUGUUUAGAGGAGAGGGACUGGGAUCCAGGAUUACCCAUCAUUGAUAACCUCAUGCAGAGCAUAAACCAGAGCAAGAAAACAAUCUUUGUUUUAACCAAGAAGUAUGCCAAGAGCUGGAACUUUAAAACAGCGUUCUACUUGGCCUUGCAGAGGCUAAUGGACGAGAACAUGGAUGUGAUUGUCUUCAUCCUGCUGGAACCAGUGUUACAGUACUCACAGUACCUGAGACUUCGGCAGAGGAUCUGUAAGAGCUCCAUCCUCCAGUGGCCCAACAACCCCAAAGCAGAAAACCUGUUUUGGCAAAGUCUGAAAAAUGUGGUCUUGACUGAAAAUGAUUCACGGUAUGACAGUCUGUACAUUGAUUCCAUUAGGCAAUACUAAUGCUGGGAAGUCAUGACUCUGCCAUCAUAAAAACACACAGCCUUCUCUUUACAAUGACAAAUGAAUGGGCACGUGGCUACUUGACGUGCUGAGAAUAAGUGACUAUUGGUGCUCAGCCCUAAACAGGACAAUCAUACCAGCCUCUCUAAGGCUCGGGUAACUUUGGGCAAGAGGGAACUGGAAAAAUGUAUGAGCUAGAAGACAGGGAGAAGGGCUGGAAAAUGCUAUCUUCUGGGCAUGGCAGUCAUUGCAGCCAUAAUGACACAGCAGCUAGUGUUGCCUGCAGUGAUCCACCACAAGACUGGGCCUCUUAUCAGUCAAUUAUGGGCAGGUCCAUAAAACUAUACUCCAUCUUUCUGAGGGGGCAGGUCUGUACUUCUGUACUAUCAGCUAUUUGUGGGUCCUGGGAAAGGGGCAAUCAGUGUCUUCAGCUGUGUACCCACUGAUGAGCCCAGAUUCAAUAGAUGGUUACAGAUUCAAUAGAUGGGUUACAGAGCCCAGAUUCAAAUCUCAUGGUUACACAGAUAGCACUGGUAAAGUCAGUACACCAGGCCUGAACAUGAGAAAUGGUCUUGUAGGGAGGUGGAUCGGCUGGCAGCAGUGGGGGAAGAGAUAGGACAAGGUGGGCAUGAGAGUAACCAGAAUGCAUGGGUCUCUCUCAGAGACUUCACUCCGGGAUCUACUCCCAAGCUUACCCCCAUGCAGUUGUCCUCAAGAUUCAGCUUCUCCUGUGUGCUAGCCAAAGGAGAAAGGCUCAGCUCCCUGCUAUGUAAACUUCUUUCCCAAGGCAGCUUGUUUCAUCAAGGCCAGCGAGAGGGUGCACAGAGCCAGUAUUUUGGAAAUGAAUCAGAAAAGGAUAGCCUACUACUGCAGCUAUAUUCUAAUUGGUAAAAGUCAACCACAGAUCUAUCCUACCAGCUCCAGGCACCAAGUACCUCAGUUUCAGGGAAAGCUAUCGAAAACCAAGGUAAUAAAUCUAGGGCUCUCUCAGAUAAGAGCAAAGAGUUUGAGAUAAGUGAUUGAGUUAAUCAUUAUCCAUUUUUCUGAACUGAAAUUAAAAGACAACUUACCAUCUUGGUCAUAGAUCAUCAGUACUGGGACGGUCAGAUCACAUGGGCAAUCUUAGCUGGAAGCUUAUUAUACCUAAGAACAUUUGCCACUGUAUCUAAUGAUCUUGACAUUAAGAUGCUGGUGAAGUUGAUAUAUCCACGACUAUGGGGUUAUAUUACAUUGUGAUUGCAUUAAUCUUUCUUUUACAAUGACACUGUAAGUUUUGAGAUAGUAACUACAUCAUUUCCUCCUCUUUCCUCUCUCCAAACCUUCUCCUGUGGCCCACUCCGACUUUUAUAAAUGCUUCCUACACGAUUUCCUUUUUAAGCUUUUGAUGUUGCUUAAACACUGAAAAGUAUAGGUUUUAAAAGCCUUGUAAUUCUUAAUCAUUUUAAAGGUAUUCAUUUAAAUGGAAAGCUUUUGGGGUAUUUGUUAUUUCCCUUUGGUAUAUAUUUUCAAAUGAAUGAUUAAAAUUUCAUUUUACAUGACAA